UCGCUGAUUGGCUAAUUCGACGAGGGACCUUUAAACGGCGCUUGUAAACAAUACGAGCUGUGUCCGUUCCUAAACUGUCGCUUUAUUCGUUUCCUCCAGCAUAUUCGGACAGGAUGGACUUACAAACGGCCAUUUUGUCAUCACCUGAUGAUGUACUAAUCAUUGGUAACCAUGGAAACCUGUCACAUGAUACAAUCCUACGUCAUCUCAACGCUGUCUGCGUCGAUCUUCAGCAGUCAGACAAUACUGAGGUUCACCUGCUAGGCGGUCGGUCUAGAUCGUCCGGAUGUCCCAAGCUGCGGACCUUGGCACAACAUUACAUAGAGCUCUACAGACGUGAUGGGCUGGCAGCCAACGAGAGAAAGACUGUGCUCUCACAUUCCAGCCAACUACUCAUGGUGCAGCUGUGCUUGGCUGAGCGCAGCAAACAGAAACAUGACCUAUUUGAAGUGGACAUGAGUGAGGUGCUCCUCACCUCCAAGGAAAUUCUGCAACAGAAGCUUUCAACCAAUCAGCUCUCUUGCACGCAAGAGCCAGCCAAUGAGAGCUCGCAUCCUCCCCCAGAGCCCCACCCCCUCAUGAAUAUGUAUGAAGGCAUGCUCAAGAGAUGCAACAUGGUAGACUUGGUGGAUGUGUGGAGGGAGGUGAGGAAGGCGGAGUCAAAGAGGAGGGAAGAGCAGACUGAUGUAUCAUUGGCUGAAACAAAGACAAAGUACAUUGUACUUCAUCCUCCUGAAGGUGACCUUGAGUGUGCCAUGCUUCGCAGUUUGUUACGUAAUGAGAUGCUGUCUACCGUCACAGCUUUGCACUUUGACCCUUCAUCGACUUCAACUGAGGAUGAGGAAGGAGGAGAAUUGACGAAGUUGGAGGUAACGACGGAAAGAUUGAGCUGGGAUCAGGGUUUCGCAUCAAGCAACCUUCAGUUAGCAUCCACUCCUAGCCCUAGAAGCCCCACAGAGACGUUCUGUCGUCAGUUGUUCAUGUCUCACCUAGCCCUCCUGAUCAACACUCGUGAUGAGUUGUCCCUGGCCCAUUGUCUUAGUCUACCUGAUAAAGGCCUAGGUAUAGAGGGCUUCACAGCACUCCGGAAAGCUGCUCAGGAGAAGAAGAUGCCCAUGUAUCAGACCAUGGUAUCGUUCAUCAUGAAACUGCGUCUCGGUGGUAAGACCUACGCCCCGGACCUCUCUUCCCCUCUAGGACAGUACGUCAAGCCAAUGGGGGAGUUCAUUAACCUCAUACAGAGGAUGCAGACUCUGGCUGAAGAAACAAAAGAUCCAAGAGAGGCUAUCAAGAAGAUUCUUCAUAUUGUCAAGGUAUCUAUACUGAAGUCUGAUGAGAAUGUCCUUAGACCGGGAAGCUUAGAGAAAGCUGUAGCUGAUCUCUCAAAGGAGACUGAAUACCUCAUCACUAACUACAAGGAGGAGAAGACACCUAAAAAAAUUGUGGGACAAGGAAGGAUCAUCUAUGGCCAGAAGACCAACUACGUCAUCCGCAGUCUUGUUGACCGACAGAGCGGAGCGUACAUGUCCAAGCUUACCCAGGCACAGCUACUGACCGAUACAGUGUGCAGUCAGAAGACACCGGUCAAACUACCGAGCAUCAUCUCACAGUUCAGAACUCCUGAUGUUGAGGGUGAUCCUGAGUCACCUGACAAUGUCUCCCUCAGGGACAGACUUCGAAAGAGCUUGGGAGGAAGUGACAGUGCCUCAAAGCCCCCUCAAGGUCAAGGUACAAAGUCAUUCAUGAUUUGGGCGGAGCCUGUUGUCAAAAUCAAGACUUUUACUGACACCCCUGAAAGACCAGCCAAUCAAGACCCUGUCGCUCAGAUCCCAGCCAAUCACAACAGAGGACUGUGGGCCGACUCCCCCGACGAUCGAUCCCUCGCUCACAAGACGCGGCCGAGUGGCCUGACCCCCGACCUGAUCGACAAUAUUGUCGCCACGCCCAAACGCAAGACACACCUCGUCGUCGAGUCUGUGUACGACCAGGAGAAGGUGCCAGUCGCCAGCCAAGCUAUCAAGGAUGUCAAGAGGAAGAAUAAGAAAAAUAAAGAGAUGAGUAAAAAGAGGCUGAUCUUGAAUGAUGUGACUGCGGAAGGAUCUCAACCAGCCAAAAAAGCGAGGAAAGACGAACCAAAGCCAAAGAAAGAGAAGAAGAAAAAGAAAGGGGCUCCGUUGGUCAAAGGACAACAGACCCUGAAUUGUUUCUUCCGGGUUUGAUGAGAAAACAGAAAUAAAACAAACAAACAAACAAACAAACA